ACGAUGAAAAUCACCGAUAAAAUGUAACACGGAAAAUGAUUUCCACACAAUUAUCCUCGAGAAAAAUAUUUUAACAACAUUGUUUCUAUCCAAUUAAUUUAAGAUGCUGGAAGGUACGGUGGCUAGAAUCCUCAACCAGCUGUUGGGCAAAUACGUCCAAGACCUUGACACAGAAAACCUAAACGUCGGAAUUUUCUCAGGGAAAGUUCAGCUGACCGAUCUGAAGCUGAAACCGGAAGCUCUGUACGAAUUAAAACUACCUAUCGAAGUUAUAGCUGGUACGAUCGGUAAAAUCUGGAUCCAGAUUCCUUGGACGGCCCUAUGGAACCACUCCAUAAUAGUCAAUGUCGAAGAUGUUCACAUAAUUGUAAAGCCUAUCGUACGUGACGAGGUAUAUGAUCCAGAAAAGAAUAAGAGACUACUUAGAGCGUACAAAAAACGAAUCUUGGAGAUACUGGAGUACGAUGGUGGAGUUCUUGGAGGUCCGUCUGCGUUUGCCGAGCAUCUAGUCUCCAACAUACUCAACUACAUCCAAUUAAAUAUAUCCAAUAUUCAUGUUAGAUAUGAAGAUGAAUUCAGUUAUAGCAGUCCUGUAGCUGUUGGAUUAUGUGUCGGCUCUAUCACAGCUCAAACAACAAACAGCAAAUGGAAGAAAUCAACUUACGAAUCUCAAUCAGACACGAGCUAUUACCUGAUAAAAACUGAUGCUAUUUCGAUUUACUGGAACACUGGACAAAAAUCCAGAUCUUGGAAUUUACCGUCUGAAUAUUAUACGUGGAGAAACACAAUGCUGAAUAGUCUUCAGAACUACUCGUAUGAAGGAAAACCCUUCAAAUUUAUUCUCAAUCCCAUGAUGUCAAAAAUAAAAAUGAUCAUCACGAAAUCCAACUGUGGCCACGUGUCUGAUAUAAACACCGAAAUCAUAGUCCAAGACUGCAACCUACAAAUAUCUAAAGUACAAUACGACUCCAUGAUAGCUGUGGUGGAUAAUUUUGAAAGAAUGUCCACCAGUUGGCAAUUUAUAGCAAACAGACCCCAAGAAAAAGUUUUAGACAAUCUCAAAGCAUGGUGGAGAUAUGCCUAUUUUGCUACUGUAGAACAACGUGUUAAGCCUCUCACUUGGAGCAAAAUAAAAACUAUACGGGGGCAAUACAAAAAGUACAUAGAGACUUACAAGCAGAUCAUAGCCAAUCCUAAUGAUACUGAACUGAAACUAGAUCUGCAAAAGCACGAGGAUAACUUGUCUAUCAUAAACGUAGUCAUAGCUAGGCAACAUACUAGAUUACUGAUGCAAUCGAAAAGCCAGAGUGAAAAAAGCUUUUGGUCACUGCUGCCUUCACCAGAAAAGAUCGUUUUAUGUGAAAAAAUCGGAUAUUCCAGUGAAGUUGAAGAAAAAUCUAGACAAAUCGAUCACACUUACAAUUUUAAACUAGGCAACUUCAAUCUAGUCGUAAUGAACAAUUCCAAAGAAAUCUUGGUCACAACGAUUACACAGACAAUAGUGUCCCUGAAACCAAAUUUUCUAGAUUCUACCUAUAAAUUUUCCUUGAAAAUAGAAGGAAUUAUCAUUGAAGGAAAUGGUCCCGGUGAAGCUCUGAUACCUCUAGCUACUUCGGAACAUUUAAAAGACAGUCCUGCGUUCUUUUUUGCUGUCAAUUUGGAGAAAAUGAAAAAAGAGAACAAUAAUAUUACUCACAGACUGCAAGUAUCGAUGAGUUCUGUCGAAUGCAUUUAUAAUAAGAAAUGUUUUGAAGAUAUCGAAGUAUUUUUGCAAGCAUCGAAAACGACACAAAGAACAAACUUAUUAAAGUAUUUAAAACAAGCACCUGAUCUAUUCUACCAAGUUAUAACAAAAAAGAUUUCGGAUAAAUGGGACCUGAAUCUAAAUAUAAAGUUUCCUUACUUUGUUAUACCAGAAACAAGUGCUCCUUCAGGUUCUGAAGAAAAUCUGUUGGUGAUUGAUUUAGGAAAAUAUAUAUUUAAAACAGAAAUUUGUGCCCAGACGCAUAUAAUAGAAAGUGCCACAAAAAUGGAGCUAGAAGAACAACUAUAUUCUAAACUAUAUAUAGACUGUACCUCUCUGCAAAUUCUAUUCUGUGAUAAACAUGACCACUGGAAGGAUGCUAGAAAUGAAAAAGAUACAGAAAUGCACGUUAUUCCUAAAACUAAUUUCAAUGCUGUCCUUGCUCUUGCUGCCCUAGACCUUAACACAAUACCUAGACUGAAAUUCAAUAUACUCUUCAACUCCUUCAAACUGAACAUUUCAGAACGCAAAAUUGGGUUGAUUUUAAGAUUUUUCAACGUUGAUCAAAUCAGAAUCAACGUAAUAACAGAUGCUAUGCAACCAGAUAUCUAUAUAAAAGACAGAAUAUAUGAAGUAUGCAACACUAAAACACUGAAAAAAGUACAGGAAAAGGUCGGUAUUUCAGAUACCUUUAAAUAUAGAAAGCAGAAGUUGCUGAAUGGUCAGGAACAUAAGUUUGUUAAAGACAAAAGCAUAGAUCUAAAUGACGUUAAAAACAACAUGAACGAAGCUUGGGCCAGGACGGUUGAUUUACCAGGUUUAGAGGAUAAUAUUUCACCAAAAAAUAAUAUUGAAUUUUUAUAUGGGAUGGUAGUCAAAGAAUUUUCGAUGGUGUUUUCCAAGUCCAGCGAUAGUACGGAUAGACAAUACUUGACGUUACGUCUAGGUCACUUUACAAUGGACGUAGCUUUUAUGACAUAUGGUCCAGCUUAUCAAAUAUCCAUCCACAGUAUCUUAUUGACAGAUAAAUUACAUACCACCCCUAGCGGGCAAUAUUUGGAUUUAAUAUUCACACCUUUGCCCAAUAACCUUGAUGUCAUCACUAUAUUAUACAGAAAGGUAAGCGCAAAUUGUCCUGACUUUUGGUCACACUUCCAUGGAGUCGAGACAUCUUUAGUGGCCAAUUUUGAAACCAUUCAUCUCCUCCUCCACCAAGAAGCCUUUCACACGAUUAUCAAGUAUUCAAAGUAUCUAUCCAAUAAGAUCCAGCAUCAAACGUCCCAGUACCUCAAACAUUUGUUGCAAAGUUUUUUCUACAAAGUUAACAAAGUUCUUCACAAACAAAGCGAAGUACCUGUACCACCAGGAUCAGUAAAAUUCUCUCAUUCGGCCAGGAUGAGCGACCUCAACGUAACGGUGUGUGAUUCUGAUUUUGAUAUUGUUAAUGUUUAUUUAUCUGGUUUGGAAAUUGACUUCUUGUUCAGAGCCAAUGAGAGAUUUGUGUUUAGGAGUUACUUGGGCAGUAUCAAUGUAGAUCACAUGUCACAGUUGACGCUUUAUUCUAAGGUUUUAUAUACAGAUGAAGAUAAAGUUUUUGAAGUAAAAUAUGUAAGAAACGCCUCCCACAUCAGAAAUAAUGAAAUGAUCGGAAAAAGUUAUGGUGAAACAUACGACGGCAAUUUUAAAUUUGAACUGGGACGAAUACACUGUAUAUUCUUGUAUAAAUUGAUGGUUCAAUUGCAGAGAUUCAUUAUUGACUUAGAGGCACUGGAUUUUGUCGAAAGAUAUGCAAGAUUGGUCAGGGGUGCAAUUAAAACAGCCACAGAUACACUUAAGAAUAAAACAAAAAUAAGUCUGGCCAUUAACGUUUGUGGCCCUGUACUUCUUAUACCACAAAAAUCAUCUUCACCCAACGUCAUGAUUAUAGACACAGGCAAACUAUCCAUCGAGAAUUUCUUCAAAGAAUCAGAGAAUGAAGUGACAGAAAAUAUAAUGGUAAAACUAAAGGAAGUGAUUGUCACGAGAGGUGUCAUUGGUUUGACAUCUAUAUUAGAAAUGCAGGAGACUCUCAUAGAACCUACAUGUCUAAAAAUGGACAUCAAAAAACUGACCAACCUAAAAUCGCAACAGAAAACCUGGGAAAUCGAUUCUAUAAUGGACAAAAUCGAAGUAACCCUUGGCCAAAAAGACUUGGCGAUGAUUAUGGCCAUCUAUACCGACAACAUCGGAGAAGCAAAAAUCGUAGAUCUACUGCCCGAACAAAUUAAGUCACCCAUUGCAGAGAUAUUCGAGCAAGACGAUGACGUCAGAGAACUAGAGGCCUUUUUCUGUGAGCCUAAGCAGAAAUUCUUAGUCGGAAAAUGUAAAAUAGAUGAAGUAAAAAUUGUUUUAUUCUUUGACUCUAAUGAGCUGUUGAGUUCGCCUAUUAGGGAUUUAAACCAUGGGCUUUGUAAAUUGGAAGUAAAUGAUAUAGAUACGUCAGUAGUUAUCUAUACAGACAAGAGCUCCGAUGGUAAACUAUCUAUAGAUAAAAUUCUGAUCGAAGAAAUUGGUCCUGAUGCAAACAUACAUAGCAAAAUUGUUUUGAGCUCUCCAGCUGAAGAUGGCAGAAAUAACAACAUCUGCAACAUCACUGUCAACAAACCACCAAUCGUUGAUGUCACCUUCCACCAAAACAAAAACAGAGACCUCUCUGCUGACGUCAUAGUCGGCAGGAUGUGCCUAUCUCUGUCUAUACCAUUUUGCGAAAAGGUGGCACUGUACGUUUUGGAGUGUAUACCAAAGGAUAGCCAAGAUUUGGGAAUUGUCAAUCAAGGGUAUGAAGCAGAAACCAAGAUCGAUCAAAGAAAAAAUUCGAAUAGCAGUUUGACAGUUUCAGUGCGAGUAAACAAGCCUGAGCUUAUGUUUUUAGUAGAAACUACUUCCAAUAAAAAAAGGUAUUUUAUAACAAAAAGCGAAAUACUGAUCGACUUUUCAAGACACUGUAACCGCCUAAACUUAGUGACAUCGCUCUCAGGCCUCUACAGCUUAUUCUACGAUCUCAGCGAGUAUUCCGAUCAACCUUACGUUGUUCUGAAGCAAUGCGACAUCGAGUUGAGUAGAAAUAUCGAAGAUAACAAUGAAAAAAUCACUCUGAAUAUUUCAGGAGUUUAUAUCAAACUUUGCAGUGAGGUCAUUCAUUCAGUCAACGACAUUUUAAACGAUAUAGUAGAACAUUUUAAAAUACCUGAAUUAGAAAUUGAAAAGAAGAUACAUAGAAGACUCAGCAAGAAGGAAAGUGAAACUGAAGAUUUAUGGGAACCAAAAAAAAUUGAGCCAUACGUAAAUAAGCAAGAGCCAAUCAUUCCUUCACAACCAACCCACCUGUACAACCAAUGUUUUUCUAUUCCAAAGUUUGAAAUAGUGGUUAUAUUCGAACUAGAACAGAUACAAGUGAUAUUAUUGAAGUCUUCAGUAGAGUUUUCCUUCUACGACUGGAAUUAUAUGCUGACAUGUACAGGAGACGUAUCCAUACAAUCGAAUUAUUUUAACGAAAACGUUCAAAAAUGGGAACCAUUAAUCGAUCCAGUGGUGGUAGAAGAAAACGAAUACAGACCGUGGGAGUGCCAUUUUAAAAUAUUUCAAGACAAAUCAAUGCCAAUUAACGACAUACCAACGAAGAAAACUGCGAUUAAGAAAUCCUGCUCGAGCAUUUCGAAAACUCAGAAAACCUCUCGAUCUUACACCACCACGGAAAGUGAGGACUCCGGUGAAGAUAUGAUGUAUUUGGAGCCAGUGAACACGGUGAAUUUCAGCAGCAGCAGGAGAGUGAAGACGAGUUUGAGCACUUUUCUGGACGAUUCCGAUAGUGAAAAUGAAGAGGGUGCAAUGGAGAAAUUAGCAGCUGCUAUAUCAGAUCUCUUUACAGGUGACUGGAAUGAACACGAUGACAGUGAAUGUGAUCACUCCAGUGAAGAUGAAAAUGACGUUUCCGAAAGUGCUAAACCCAAAGAACCAGUGCCCGAAGAAUCCUUCAGUAGAUGUUUAUAUGUGUUGGUAAAUGCUAAAGAUCCACUAAAUAUAACUUUAACACCAGCAUUUCUAAAGAUUUUCAAUGAAUUGGUUUUGCAAUAUUCCACAAAAAUCAUCUCGGUCAAACUCGACAGAAAAUCGAUCAACGUUUCGAAUGACAUCGGUCCUCACACUAAGGUGGAAUUGUACGAAAAACAAUCAGAUGGCGAGAAAAAAGACAUACUGAUUAGUUUGAAGAAGUUCGAAAACGAAGAUAGUCCUCCAACUAGUCCCACAAAACAUCUGAUGUACCAAGAAAGUGUAGCUUUUGAAGAAGAACGUUUAGAAAUCGAAUUGAAGCACGACUACGAGCAGGGUUACGACUUUAACACUAUUAGAAGCUUAAAAUUCCCUCCAGAAGUCACUUCUGACUUAUUUGACAAAAUCAACAAGCAUUACGUGAAAAUAUUCGUGCCGAACUUUUCUCCAGUGCAAACCAACUGUUCAAAGAAGAAUUGGGAGAAACUGGUCAAGUUGCAGAGCAAUUCGCCAAGUGUUUUACGUAAUUAUUAUCUGGCAGCUAAACAUACCAUAGGAAGAAGCGGCAGAGAAAUCAAUAUCAGCUCUCCAUUGCAAAUUCAAAAUGAGACCCGCUUUGCUCUGAACAUCCUGUAUCAACCUUCCGUGCUUCAACAAAUAAACGUAGAGCCUGUAGGAGAAGUCACAAAUCCUUUUGAAACUACGAUGAGGAUUGCUAUUCUGGAAGCUCACGAGAAAUAUAACGUUCCUUUGUACAUAGCUUAUCAUUGUAAACUUUUUAUUCAACCUGCCUAUGCCGAAGGCCACUAUGCAUCUCAAACAGGAAUCUGGUGGAAAGACAUGGCAACUGAAAUCGAUGCCGCCUACAAUUUAAUAUGCCAUCCGAAAAACGACUCAAACCUCGAAAUCUUUGCUCUCAGAGUCGUGCUGAAGAAAAACCUGAAUAUAACCAAUUCCCAAGCUCACUCUGUACCUAACUACGUCAUUAGAUUAUUACCACCUCUCACUGUACACAAUUUCCUACCAUACGCUUUGGAAGUUGAAAAUAUAACUCUAAAACAGGCAGUCAAAGCAGAACCAGGUGAAAAAUGUAGCGUGUACUCGUUGGACCUGACCAAAGACCAAAAGUUGGCAGUCAAAGUGACGUACAACUCGUCGAUUUGGACUGGUCACGUGACCGUGACUGGGCACUUGGACGAAAAAGUGGUACUGCUGUCGUCAGAUCAAAAGGACGAGACGAAGGACUUGACAAUCAACAUCAAAUGUGACAGAGAAGGCAGUUGUAAUUUGAUAUUCUAUGCGCCAUAUUGGAUAGUCAACAAAACAGGGUUACCGUUAAAAAUAAAGGCAUCAUCCUCACUUACCAUCAACGACUGCCCUAACGAUGAUAUACUGCUGUUCACCUACAAAAGACACUGCAAACAAACACUAAACGUUAAAGUGUACGAAUCUAAUUGGUCCAAUGAAUUUGGUGUGGAAUGUUCAGGAACAACCGGAUUGGUCAUUUGUAAAGACAAUGAAAGGAAGAAGAAAUAUUUGUUCUUUUUAAACACCAGCCUGAGUAAUUUUUGUCCAAGAUUGACGAAGAUAGUCUCUAUAUUGCCCAGUUUCUUAGUCAUCAAUAACACAGAAAAAGCAUUAAGAUUUAUGGAGAAUAACGAAAAAACCGACCUGUGGAUCGACCUAGAACCCUCUCAAACUUUAAUAUUCUGGCCGGAAACAUCAUCCAUGCAGAUCUAUGUAAAAUACAGAGAGAGCAAGUCGAUAUCGCAAGCUUUCUUUAUUUCCUGUCAACACAGAACCGUGCUCAGAAUGGACAAAGGGACUGCCAUUACUGUGGACGUAACUGGAGGCAACUCUGGACCAUUCCACAUUGCUUUCAACAACUACUCGCCAGGUGACUGUCCAAUUUUAAUCCAAAACUACUGCGCAGACCUAUUUUUGAAGAUACAGCAACAAGACCAAAGUCCCGUCACCCUAAUGAGCCCAUUCAACAGUCUGCUGUAUACUUGGGACGACCCUACUAAGCCUAGAACUCUUGUAUGGAACGUUUACAAUAACAAAGGUUCUGGAUUUGUGCUGGAUAUCAACAAGGACGGGUAUGGUGAAGAAAGAAUUAAGUUCCAAUCUGUCACGCCCAAUACAAGUCAGCAAGAAGAAUCGUCAUCUAGUGAAGAUUCAGACAGUUCAAGCAGCACACCAAAUACAUUACACAAAAAAAUCAGAAAAGACAAAAUAAUCAUCUACUGGGCAUGCUUUAUAAAUGGACCUCAAAGAAAGCUGCUUUUCACACAAGAACAAGGAAUGUUUGAGAACAUACUCAAAGUUCAUUUUCACGAACAUUGUUACUUCGAAUUGAUUCUGUCAAUGUCCAGUAUCGGACUCUCCGUUUUUACUAGUGAAAAUGACAAGAAAGAACAUGCUUACGCUUGCAUAUCCGACUCACCUGCCAUCUGGGAGGUAAAUGUUGGUCAGAAAUGGAAAACACUAACCCUGGAACUCGCCUCGUGGAUAGAAGACAAAUACAAACGAUCCCACUCAUGGAAAAAAUGCCACAUCAAAGACUACAUCCACAUAGAUUUCGAAAAAAUGUUCAUGCUGAAACCAUUCUUCGCCGAAAUGCGACGUACCUACACCCCAGGUCUUAACUGUCACUUCAGAAAGUCAACCAAGUUUCAAUAUUUCGAUUUUCGAUUGAACUACUUGCAAAUGGACAACAAGCACAGCAAUUGCAUAGUGUUUCAACCGAUUUUAACCAAACCUGAGGAGGAUAAAUACCAGAACAGACCGUUUUUUAAACUGGUUGCUUUGAAGCAAAGCGAGAACGAGUCAGAUAGUUACAGGUACGUCAAAAUGGAUGUCCAGGAUGCCAGUUUGAACGUGGAGAAUGAUCUGUGGACGAAGAUUUGCGAAUUACUGAAGGAGAAUAAGAAAUUCGGAAGGGAUUAUAGUUGUGCCGGAGCCUACGUCAUUGACAUAACAAAUGUCAGGAAAAGCAUAUGUUCCAGAAGUCAAGAUUCUAUAGGGGACACUCACCAAAGACAAUGCCACAUAGAAAACCUAUCACUUAGCAGCUUUGGAAUACAGUUAAACAUAUCAAACAGGAUGCAAAUGGGCCUUAUAAGCAAUAAUACUAUGUUGAAUAGAACUCUGGACCAUUUGUUCCCUUAUAAUAUGGCUCCAUACAUGCCUAUGGAGGGUGUACAUCACAAAAUUACAUCUACUGAAUGGGUUCAUGUCUAUCAACCACUUUCAAGCGCUUUAGAACAACUGAUAGAUCAAGUGGCAUGUCAGUUUCUUCAACAAUACUACUCUCAUGUGUUGGGUCUACAAGUUUUAGUCAACACAUUUGCCAUUCAAUCUGGUAUUGAGACUAUACCACUGUGCAACCCCACCGCUGCCCUCUCAGUGACGUACGCGUCGCAAUGCUUGCUGGGUCACGCGACCAUGUCACCGGCUGCGCUCGAAACCUGCGUACUAGACGUGUUUCCUAACUUGAACCUGGACUUGGCGCAACUGAAGUGCGUCAUCAGGAAAAGAAAUAGCGACAAUAGAGGCGAUAGGGAGGAGAUAUUGCCGAAAAUCGUAGCUAAUUGUGGGAAAACGUUCGCUGUAGGAGUGCCGAUAGCUUUGGCACAACUUUUCGUGAAAAAUCACAACGUAAACAUUCAAUGCGAUGGAGAGAUGUUCUUUAAGACUACAGGAAAAGCGUUAUAUUCCUUAAUCACCAGACAUCCAGAUGAGAAAUCAGAUUGCAUCGAGUUGGCUAGGGAAGCCCUCAAACGAGCGUCUCUUUUAGGAGAGCCAAUAAAAAUCCAUCAGAGACUCACCAGAUAUCGAAACAUUCUGGGGCUUACACCAUUCUCCACGUUUGAAUCCAUGGGGCAACAUCUACUAGAAAAAGUAGGAAAUUCUAGAUUUUCCAAUGAUACGUAUUGGACACACGCCGCUACUGACAGAACAGGAAAAUCUAUAGUCAUCAUUUCUUUACAACGUGUAAUUAGAAUUAACAAAUGCACGUUAUGGGGUCCCUGGGAAGUAGAAUGGAUGGUUGACCUAGAUGAUAUAAUUUCUCUGCCAAAAAUUAAUUGUGUGGAACUCAUCCUAAAUAUGAGACAAAGUGAAAAUUUUGCAGGUGAACAGCAAAUAAAAAUUUUAGGGCCCAAAGAAAUUCUUGUAUGGUUACAUGAAAAAAUUGAACAGGCUAUUAUACUCAGCAUGGAAGACAAAUCUUUUACCUUAACUGACAAUUAGAUAUGACUAAGCUUAAUUUUAAGCUUUAAAGUUGACCUAUGUAUGUAAUUAAGUGUAAUAUAAAAACAGCAAAUUAAAAAAUCCCUAUUUUAGGAUAUCAUU